AUGGCUACCGAGAAUUUGUCCGAAUAUAUCACGCUGGUAUCGAGCGAUGACUUCAAGUUCGUGAUCCGCCGCUCGGCCGCCAACAUCAGCGGCGCCAUCAAACGCAUGCUGGAUCCUACGAACGGGUUUCGCGAGUCCAAGGAGGGUGUGUGCCGAUUUGAUAACAUCAACGGCCUAGUACUCGAAAAGGUCUGCGAAUACCUCUACUACAACGAGAAGCACAAGAACUCGAAGGAUGUUCCGGACAUGGACAUUCCACCAGAACUCUGCCUCGAACUGCUCAUGGCUGCCGACUAUUUGAAUGAAAAGCGCGCAUAGAUACGUAUAUGCAAUUGAAUCUGGCCAAUAUCUACG